AUGGCUGCGACAGUUGCCAGACACAAGCACGUGCACGUCAGCCACGACUACCACAGUGCACAGUCUAAGGUUGUAGCAAAGCAGUAUACAAGGUAAGGAAGAUGGGCCCAUAGGAGUCCUAUGCUUCAUUUGAAACGUUUACACAGAAAGACCAAUUCUGAUCUUUUUUUUCCCCACUAAUUGGUCUUUUGACCAAUCAGAUCAGCUCUGAAAAAGAUCUGAUGUGAAAAGAUAUGAUGUGAUUGGUCAAAAGACAUUGAGUGAAAAAAUAUCAGAAUUAGGCUGCCUGUGUAAACGUAACCCCUGUGGUUUGGAAACUGGUGGCCAGAUUUACACAUUUUUGCACAGGAGUAUAAAGUGCACCUGCUAUUUACCAGAACGAAUAAAGCAUUUAAAUGGUAGAGCUUAUUUAGCAUAUUUAGAUUAAAUGUAAAUUAAGACAGUUAACUGUUUUUCCUCUACUAUUUGUUUCUGGUCUUUAUUCCCCUCUGAGGAUAAAGCACUGGUGUAAAUACAUAAAGUAUAUCUGGCCCUGGGUGUACAGUUUCAAAUGGCAGUUAGUGUAUUCAGCUGGGCUUUUAACAGUGGGUAAGUUUACACCUGGAGAGAGCACUUGUAACCCACUAACAGGUUGGUUCCCUGCUAAUUGCCUAAUCUCAUGUAACUAUGCAGCCAUCCUAUUGCUACUACACCACUGGAUCACAUUCUCUUCUAUAAACUGGAGACACAAAUGCUACACUGUCUUGUAAGGUCACUAAUUGUCAUAUUGUUUGGGUAUGAUUAUAACACCAUGAACGGUUUCCUCUGUAAUACAACUUUAACUGAUUUGCCUUCAACGAGGGGUGUGCUUAUUUGUGUUUACUGCGUUGAUCAACAGUGGCUCGUUGGUAGAGCAUGGCGCUUGCAACGCCAGGGUUGUGGGUUCGUAUUCCUAUGGGGCACCAGAAAGAAAAUGUAUGCACUCACUGCUGUAAGUCGCUCUGGAUAAGAGUGUCUGCUAAAUGACGUAAAUGUAAAAAAUCAAUGUCAGUACUAGAGACAGGACACUCACAUUAGUUUGUACAGAUGUAGGAUCUUAAUUUGAUCACCCUACAUGAGAACUUUCCUGCAAUGAAGAACAUUUAAAACUUGUAGUGUAGUUGAGGUUUAAAAAGGCUACUGAAGUUUGUAAUUUCCAAUUUGAAAUACACUAUACAGUAUAUACGGAAGUAUGUAGACACCCUUCAAAUUAGUGGAUUAGGCUAUUUCAGCCACACCCUUUGCUGACAGGUGUAUAAAAUCCAGCACACAGUCAUGCAAUCUCAAUCGACAAACAUUGGCAGUAGAAUGGCCUUACUGAAGAGCUUAGUGACUUUCAAUGUGGCAAUUUCAUAGGAUGCCACCUUCCAUCAAGUCAGUUCGUCAAAUUCCUGCCCUGCUAGAGCUGCCCCGGUCAUAUAAUAUAAUAUAAUAUGCCAUUUAGCAGACGCUUUUAUCCAAAGCGACUUACAGUCAUGCGUGCAUAAAUUUUUUUUGUGUGUAUGGGUGGUCCCGGGGAUCAAACCCACUACCUUGGCGUUACAAGCACCGUGCUCUACCAGCUGAGCUACAGAGGACCACAUCUGUAAGUGCUGUUAUUGUGAAGUGGACAUUGCUAGCAGCAACAACAGCUCAGCUACGAACUGGCAGGCCGCGAACACAAGCUCACAGAACGGGACCGCCGAGUGCUGAAGCGCGUAAAAAUCGUCUGUCCUCGGUUGCAACCCUCACUACCAAGUUCCAAACUACCUCUGGAAGCAACAUCAGCACAAUAACUAUUAGUCGGAAGCUUCAUGAAAUGGGUUUCCAUGGCCGAGCAGUCACACACAAGCCUAAGAUCACCAUGCGCAAUGCCAAGCGUCGGCUGGAGUGGUGUAAAGCUCGCCGCCAUUGGACUGGAGCAGUGGAAACACGUUCUCUGGAGUGAUGAAUCACGCUUCACCAUCUGGCAGUCCGACGGACGAAUCUGUGUUUGGCGGAUGCCAGGAGAACGCUACCUGCCCCAAUGCACAGUGGCAACAUUCUAGACGAUUUUGUGCUUCCAACUUUGUGGCAACUGUUUGGGGAAGGCCCAUGAUUUUGGAAUGAGAUGUUUGACGAGCAGGUGUCCACAUACUUUUGGUCAUGUAGUGUCUCAGACUUGAUUUUCCCUUAUGAAAAAUGUAUCAACCCCUACAAAAAUGUCCUUUAAUUAUAAUCCACAUAAUAAUUAACAUGUUUCUGUUGCUGCAGGAUUAUUUUCCUGCCAUAUCAAACUGGCUCAAAUUAACAUCUUACAUCUGUACCAUACAGUCUAUGGAUUGUACCCAGUUUCAUCUAUUUAAUCUCUGAUCAUCUAUAUUACCUGUGGACACUUCUAUGAUUAUUCUGUCAGGUAUGCACAGACUGACGAUUCAUCCCUAAUAAAUAGUACACUAGAUAAUCUGACAGAAAUGCCUUCAGAAUUCUGUCAACAUUAAGCUAUUUCGCUACACCCGCAAUAACAUCUGCUAAAUAUGUGUAUGCGACCAAUAAAAUGUGAUUAGAUUUUAUUCUAGAUUUUGAUGCAAAUUAAGUGCUUUUUAGCUUUAUAACAACAUUUACUCAGCAAUGAGCUGAUUAUUAAAAUGUAGCAAAGAUGCUUACUGUAUGUAUGGCACAUCCUUUAGUUGUUAUGGUUGUUACGGUUAGACUUAACAUAGAUGUUUUUUGUGGUGCUUAGAGGCUUUUCACUGCGGUGAGCCUUACCUACUGUAGAUUUGGUGCUAAAUGCUUGUUUGCUUGAACAUAAUUAGCUGCUUACACUGUUUUAUGUUGACUUCGUAACCCCCCACAAAUAGUGAUCUUGGAAUUCCAGCACUUUCAAGCAUUUACCUUUGUUUUUGUUUUGUUUAUAUAGCUCUGAGGUGGUGGAGGACGAUUAUCAUCACAAACAAGAAACAAGAAUCCAGGGAGUGGUAAGGUCCUUAUCUGUCUUGUUGGGAGAUGUCAACAUGUCACCAUAAUUAAAGAUAUUUAGUAUCAGAUCUGCACAAGACUUGUACUCUUUUCACCAUAUUGAGCCAAACUGUACUGUACAGGCUCUGAUAUUUUAUUUUCACAUUGUCCUGUCUAGCACGGUUCCAGCAAAUGGAAAUGUAAAACUUGUAGUGUAUUUGAGGUUUAAAAACACUUCUGAAGUUUGUAAUUUCCACUUUGAAAUUUCUGACUUUAGUUUCCCUUACGAAAAAUGUACAGUUGAAGUCGGAAGUUUACAUACACCUUACCAAAAUACAUUUAAACCCAGUUUUUCACAAUUCCUGACAUUUAAUCCUAGUAAAAAAUCCCUGUCUAAGGUCAGUUAGGAUCACCACUGUAUUUUAAGAAUGUGAAAUGUCAGAAUAAUAGUAGAGAGAAUGAUUUAUUUCAGCUUUUAUUUCUUUCAUCACAUUCCCAGUGGGUCAGAAGUUUACAUACACUCAAUUAGUAUUUGGUAGCAUUGCCUUUAAAUUGUUUAACUUGGGUCAAACGUUUCGGGUAGCCUUCCACAAGCUUCCCACAAUAAGUUGGGUGAAUUUUGGCCCAUUCCUCCUGACAGAGCUGGUGUAACUGAGUCAGGUUUGUAGGCCUCCUUGCUCGCACACACUUUUUCAGCUCUGCCCACAAAUUUUCUAUAGAAUUGAGGUCAGGGCUUUGUGAUGGCCACUCCAAUACCUUGACUUUGUUGUCCUUAAGCCAUUUUGCCACAACUUUGGAAGUAUGCUUGGGGUCAUUGUCCAUUUGGAAGACCCAUUUGCGACCAAGCUUUAACUUCCUGACUGAUGUCUUGAGAUGUUGCUUCAAUAUAUCCACAUCAUUUUCCUUCCUCAUGAUGCCAUCUAUUUUGUGAAGUGCACCAGUCCCUCCUGCAGCAAAGCACCCCCACAGCAUGAUGCUGCCACCCCCGUGCUUCACGGUUGGGAUGGUGUUCUUCGGCUUGCAAGCGUUCCCCUUUUUCCUCCAAACAUAACAAUGGUCAUUAUGGCCAAACAGUUCUAUAUUUGUUUCAUCAGACCAGAGGACAUUUCUCCAAAAAGUACGAUCUUUGUCCCCAUGUGCAGUUGCAAGCCGUAGUCUGGCAUUUUUUAUGGCGGUUUUGGAGCAGUAGCUUCUUCCUUGCUGAGCGGCCUUUCAGGUUAUGUCGAUAUAGGACUCGUUUUACUGUGGAUAUAGAUACUUUUGUACCUGUUUCCUCCAGCAUCUUCACAAGGUCCUUGUUGUUCUGGGAUUGAUUUGCACUUUUCGCACCAAAGUACGUUCAUCUCUAGGAGACAGAACGCGUCUCCUUCCUGAGCGGUAUGACGGCUGCGUGGUCCCAUGGUGUUUAUACUUGCGUACUAUUGUUUGUACAGAUUCAUGUGGUACCUUCAGGCGUUUGGAAAUUGCUCCCAAGGAGGAUUUCCUUUGAUUUUCCCAUGAUAUCAAGCAAAGAGGCACUGAGUUUGAAGGUAGGCCUUGAAAUACAUCCACAGGUACACGUCCAAUUGACUCAAAUGAUGUAAAUUAGCCUAUCAGAAGCUUCUAAAGCCAUGCCAUCAUUUUCUGGAAUUUUCCAAGCUGUUUAAAGGCACAGUCAACUUAGUGUAUGUAAACUUCUGACCCACUGGAAUUGUGAUACAGUGAACUAUAAGUGAAAUAAUCUGUCUGUAAACAGUUGUUGGAAAAAAUACUUGUGUCAUGCACAAAGUAGAUGUCCUAACCGACUUGGCAAAACUAUAGUUUGUUAACAAGAAAUUUGUGGAGUGGUUGAAAAACUAGUUUUAAUGACUCCAACCUAAGUGUAUGUAAACUUCCGACUUCAACUGUAUCAACCCCUACAAAAAUGUCCAUUAAUUAUAAUACACAUAAUAAUUCACAUUUCUUGUUGAUGCAGGAUUAUUUUCCUGUUGUAGCAAACUGGCUCAGAUUAAGAUCCUACAUCUGUAUGAUGGAUGGAUAACCAGGCCAGCUCAGUACAGGUCGCCUCCGCUCGGCUUGACUCAGUAGUGUGAAAAGGAUAUUGAAGAAAACUUAAUGAGGUUUCAUAUACUGUAAAAAUGUCACAUGUUCAUAUUUUUUCAGGUGCGGAAGAAGAUGGUUGAGAAGUACGUUCGUGAGGAGUCUAUGGUCAGGGGUCCUAAAUUCCUGACCACGCUCCGAUCCCAUACCGUUUGGGAGCAAACUCCUGUGAAACUGUAUUGUACGGUCGAGGGUUACCCUACCCCACUUGUGAAAUGGUAAGGAUUCAGUCUAUGUGGUUUAUCUAUGGGUACCGAAUGUUAUUGUAUUGGUGUACACUCUUAGAAAAAAAGGUUCCAAAAGUGUUCUACAGCUGUCCCCAUAGGAGAACCCCUUUUGGUUCCAGGUAGAACCCUGUUCUGUUCCAGGUAGAACUAUUUUGUUUUCCAUGUAAAACCCUCUGUGGAAAGGGUUCUACAUGGAACUCAAAAGGGUUCUACCUGGAACCAAAAGGGUUCAACCUGGAACCAAAAAGGGUUCUUCAAAGGGUUCUCCUAUGGGGACAGCCGAAGAAACCUUUUAGGUUCUAGACAGCACCUUUUUUUCUAAGAGUGUAGCACAAAGGGAUAACUGUGUUCCUCUAGUGCUAUCAUCUCAUUCCCUCUAUGGGAGUGAAAUAAUGGUCCAUGUUUUACAGAUGAUUGAUGGUGUUUGAUUUCAGUUGAGGCUAAGAGGUCAGAAUAUCUCAACUUGACCAGUCACUGUCUCUGUAGCAAUGUUUUUUUUCUCCAUUCCUGAGAUUUGACUCUGAUAAACAUGGUGAAAACUGUAGUUUCACCCUUUAGGUACCUGCUAUGACAAAGGUACAGACUGAUUACACAGUCUAUAGAAAUGUUUGUGGUCAUACGCACAUCCUUAAAAACGUAUGUGCUGGGCUAAAGAAGUUGACUUGUAAAUAACAGAGAGGCCAGCACUGAAUAUGCUCCCAAUUUACCAGCUUUAUUUAUUUAACCUUUAUUUGAUUAGGGAGUUAUGCUGAGACCAAGGUCUCUUUUACAGACGAGCCAUGAAUUACAGAAAUUACAGAAAAUACACAUAUCAAAAUUUUAAUACAAAAUGCAAGCAGAAAGAAAAAAACACAUUCAUCAGUAAUAAGGUCCUCAAUCAGCUUUCUGAACUGCCACAGAGGCACCAGAACAUCAAAUGUAAGAACAUUUUGAAGAUUGUUCCACAAAUAAGGUGCAAGAAAAGCUAAAAGCUGAUUUACCUAACUCAGUAGAGACCAAAGGAAUGUCCAGAGUUAGCCAUCCCUGUAUUGACAGCGUUGCGAUCCAACACGGAUCUUCGUCAGGUCAAGGUGGUCAUGACCUGACGAAGAUUCGCAGUGGAUCGAAACGUUGUCAAUAAAGUUGGUAAAUUGGGAGCGGGCCUCUCUGGUAAUACACAGUCUGAUCACAAUAUUCUAUGUUACCACAUCCAUCUGAAAGAUUCACCCUCUACCACUUCUUCUUGAUUUCUCUCCAGGUAUAAAGAUGGUGUCAGCAUUGACAGAUCAUCAAUGAAAUACAAUGUGCAGGACAAUGUCGGAAUUCAUACCCUGCAGAUUGCCAAGUAAGUUAUUCUCAUGGGAGGAUAAAAAAAAUAAAAAAGCUAUAGCUAGUCUAUGUGUUUCAGACAUUAGGAGACACAAUGGAUGCAUACCAUCAGUGGUAAGACAAUGAGGGAUGUUCUCAUUGAUUUAAACAAUGAGGGAAGUCACAUGUUCUCAUUGAUUUAAACAAUGAGGGAAGUCACAUGUUCUCAUUGAUUUAAACAAUGAGGGAAGUCACAUGUUCUCAUUGAUUUAAACAAUGAGGGAAGUCACAUGUUCUCAUUGAUUUAAACAAUGAGGGAAGUCACAUGUUCUCAUUGAUUUAAACAAUGAGGGAAGUCACAUGUUCUCAUUGAUUUAAACAAUGAGGGAAGUCACAUGUUCUCAUUGAGUUGUUAAUGAUUUAGAUCCAUUUGUCCACAAAACAUUAUCAUCUCACAGUAGCUUAUCACGGCCAUUUAAAAAAUCUGAUACAAUAUCAUGACUUUGCUCCUGGACCAUUGCGGAUUUUCACUGUGGCCUGCAUUUCACUCACAAUCACAGUGUUUAAUGUUAACUUAAUUAACACACGAGUGUCCACAAAAGGGAGCCUUGUGAAUGGUGGAGCUGUAGCGGUGGAGCUUUUCCAAUUUAGUCAAAAGCCCCCCUGGGCUCCGCCCUCAUCUUGAGGACUCGUCAGCUGUUCAUAGCGAAGUGCUGAGCUCUGUGUCAUUGGAUCCUGGAGCUCCUUAAAGAGCACUGCAUCCCCUCGCUGUCAGAGUGUCAGGGGCACCAGCGCUAGAUCCCCUCUCAAGUCUCAAAGCACUUUUUGCCUCUCCAAAUCAAAAUGAAAGGUCUCAAUAAAGAAAUACCACUCUGUAUUCUCUGCGGGUUCAAACCCUUUCACACUCAAAGAGAACCACCGUGGUUUGGAGACAGAGAGGGAAAGUGAGCGUGGACAGCUUUAAAAUAUUGUGUGCAGGGUCAAGGUCUGAUAUCUGUCACUAUUCUCAAACUCCUCUCCCCUCUUGAAUCUUCAGAUGUUUGCCAUUCAUGUUUGAGCGCCUCUCAUGUUGAAUAUCUCCUGAAUAAUUUUUUCUUCUCAUAGCAUUAUUCUCCUGUCCUGAGUUCAAAACAUUUCAUAAUGUCUGCCAUGAUCUUGAGUGUGUGGAUCUAGAGGUCAAGAUACGACGCUAGAAAAGUAUUUAAAUGUUCUGUAUUUAUUUGCUGUGCAAUAUUGUGCAUUAAUAGAGCCAUAACACAAUUGCAAAUGAGGAUCACGGCUUGAUAUUUUCCAGUAUUAAUUUAGUCAACAGCAAUUUGCAUAAUCAACAUAAUUUAUCAUCCUUUGAAAGUUUACCAUCCUGUAAAUUCAACUCAUGAAAUUAUGUUUGGUGGCUAGUCAAUUAAUCAAAGUCCUACAUACAAAAAUAAAUCCACAUACAAAAAUAAAUCGAUAAAAGUCUGAGCCUUAAGUAUUGCUGAGAUGUUUGUUCAUGUACAGUAUCCAAUAUGUAUUCCUCCCUAUAGGUGUGAAACUGACGACACUGCGCAGUACACUGCUGUGGCUGGUAACAUUCAUGGACAGGUCUCUACUCAGGCCUCUGUCAUUGUCAAGAGUAAGUAUGGCAAGGCAAAAAAAUACAUAAUGUUAUAAUGUUAUAUUCUUCAAGAAUCAAUGGGGUACAUAUCAUUAACUUAUAAGUCCAAAAAUGUAUGUAGCAACUGCUGAUUGCCCCUUUAAAUGGUAAGUGUAUGUGUAAUUAAUUAAUUUAUACCAUAAAUCAUACAACAUGAUGGUGUAUUGUAUUGUUGCAUAGUGAUUGUGUGUGUAUAAUAUGUCUGUUCUGCAGGGUUCAGAGAAGAAGGGCAUUCAUCUUCCUAUGCAUGGCUUCCUUACAAAAGUAAGUCCACUCAACACAAGUGUCCUGUGUAUUCUCCCUGAUACUUCAUUUAUCCUCUGAGUAGAUCCUGAGCGCUGUUGAGUCAAAUCCAAAUCAUUGUUUGAAUAGGGCCUCAUUCUUCUUGAAUUGUAAGGAUGUAGCCUACAUAUGAAUCAAUGUAUUUAACACAACAAUGUUUGUACUAUAGUGAGAGACUGUAGAAGGUAUAUCAAUUCAAACAUGCUUUGUUAACGCAUGAGAAGAAUGUUGUUUUUGAUUAACCCCGUCAGAACUGACAGAAACAUAUCUGCUGAAGCAUCUAUAUCAGAGGAGGCAGGUGGGAGGAGCUAUAAGAGGAUGGGCUCAUUGUGAUGGCUGGAAUGGUAUGAAUGGAACGGAGUCAAAUGUGUGGUUUCAAUAUGUUUGAUGUGAUUCGUGGUCCUCUGUAGCUCAGCUGGUAGAGCACGGCGCUUGUAACGCCAAGGUAGUGGGUUCAAUCCCCGGGACCACCCAUACACAAAAAUGUAUGCACGCAUGACUGUAAGUCGCUUUGGAUAAAAGCGUCUGCUAAAUGGCAUAUUAUUAUUAUUAUUAUUGAAACCGUUCCAUUGAUUCCAUUCCAGUCUUUACAAUGAGCCCGUCCUCAUAUAGCUCCUCCCACCAGCCUCCUCCUGUCUAUAUUAAUCACAACACCAGUUGCACGUUUUGUCUUUUUUUAAAAGAGAAUAGGAGACAGAGUGCUAUUUAAGUGGAAUGAAUAUGCUGAGAUACAUAGAUCCUUUGUCAGACUGUCACAAUAUCUUCAGAAUAAUUCAAAGAGCACUCUCUCUCUUUCAAAGUGUGUGUAAUUGCAUGGUUGCAGAAUAUAAUUGUGAUCAUGGUGCUUUAUAACGAUGUCACUGAAAUAGAGUCAUAAUACUGUAAGUCUGUCCUCCUUUACUGUCCUCUGCAGUUCCCAUGUUGCCGGAUAUCAAAUACACCAAGAUCAACGUCACCUUCCUGGAGACUUUUGGCUCGGUCUUUGGAACAGAGGGAGACACGGUCACCUUGGCUGCCACAAUGACAGCUAGCCCCAAACUAGCCAAUCUGCAGCCUGAAGCUCAAUGGUUCAGAGAUGGUAGCACAUUUUCUCUUACGAUCAUAACGCUCUCAAUAACAGCCGAUUUACCAGGCUAUUUUUGUAACUUCAGCUACUGACAGGUCCUCACUUUUAAUGUUGCUGUUUUUUUGUGUCAGAUCAUCGGCUGUCAGACUCCAAGUGGGUGAAGAUAGAGUCUGCUAGAGGCGAGACCAAGCUGACCCUGCCUCACCUGAACAAGGAUGAUGAGGGCGUCUACACCCUCCGUAUGGUUACGAAGGGGGGAGACGCUGUCCACAGUGCAUUUGUUUCCUGUGCAGGUAAAACAACAGCUAACUUUGAGAAUUGUAGCCAGGUGCGCAACUUUCACUGGGGACAUGUCCCCCCCCCCCCCCCCCCCCCAACUUCUGAAAUUGCAUUUUUGUCCCCCUCCCCCAGUUUUAUCAUUGGAAUGUGAUACAAAACUGGGGCAAAGUUGUGCUUUAGGACCAUGCGGACGCCUCCGAGUGGUUGGGUAGGCUGUUUGGAGUGUAUAUAUUAUGUACCCCCCACUUCUAAAACCAAAGUGUGUACCAGCAAUGCAGCUACUUUAAAAACUGUAGUAUCAGUAAUAUUCUGAUAUCUUUCAAAAAAGUUGAUUUAGUCCAUGGAUCACAGGGAGUUUCAGGUAUUGCGUGAUACAAAGCCAUAUAUUUAGAGAUUUAGACUAACUUUUAGAAUAGAGAGUUAGGCCAACUUUUAGAAUAGAGAGUUAGGCCAACUUUUAGAAUAGAGAGUUAGGCCAACUUUUAGAAAUUUGAACAUUGUUCUAAUUGCUUAGCGUUGCUUAAAUAUUCCCCAUGUAAUGUUAAUGGAUAGCUAACAUGGCUGCCAUAGAAUUGUAUAGUGUCAUGUAAUCAUAAUGCAGAAACUGCAUUGGCCCAACUCUCUAAAUACAGGGUUGUCAGUAGUUACAACAGCCACAAAGUCAAAAUUGGCUAUAUCGUAAAAAUGAAUGAAUACAACAAUGUGCUUUUUGGUCUUCAUUUAAGGUUAGGGUUAGGCAUAUGGUUAGCAGUGUGGUUAAGGUUAGGGUUAGGCAUAUGGUUAGCAGUGUGGUUAAGGUUAGGGUUAGGCAUAUGGUUAGCAGUGUGGUAAGGUUAGGGUUAGGCAUAUGGUUAGCAGUGUGGUUAAGGUUAGGAUUAGGCAUAUGGUUAGCAGGGUGGUUAAGGUUAGGGUUAGGCAUAUGGUUAGCAGUGUGGUUAAGGUUAGGGUUAGGCAUAUGGUUAGCAGUGUGGUUAAGGUUAGGGUUAGUCAUAUGGUUAGCAGUGUGGUUAAGGUUAGGGUUAGGCAUAUGGUUAGCAGUGUGGUUAAGGUUAGGGUUAGGCAUAUGGUUAGCAGUGUGGUUAAGGUUAGGGUUAGGCAUAUGGUUAGCAGUGUGGUUAAGGUUAGGGUUAGGUCAGAUUUAAAGAAGAGAAACUGUAGAAAUAGGUUGGGUUUAGCCAUUUGUAGCUGUGGUAACUAGUGACGACCUAAAUACACGGCUCUGGCGGGAUGUACUUUGACAGAUUGUGAAGAUGUGACUUGCUUUGUGUCACUGUGCCAGAUGGUCCUCCCCCAGUGCCUGGGGCUCCAGGUGCCCCUAUGGACAUCAAGAUCCAUGAUGCCAACAGAGAUUAUGUCAUCGUGUCCUGGAAGCCUCCCAACACCACCACUGAAGGUCCCAUCAUCGGAUACUUUGUAGAUAGGUAACGGAAGGUGUUGAAAUGGGAAUCAAAUGUGAAUACUUCCAGCUACUUUUUCCAGCGACUUUUUACCAAUGCCAUGACCUGACCAGGAAAAACUUCAGGCACUCGUUAUAUACUUUCAUUUUUUUCCUUCUAAAAAUCACAUCAAUUUACAUCAAAAAAUAUUUGACAAAACGGUAAAUUACAAACUAUACUCUUCCACCACUGUUCAUAGCUGGUGACAGGAUAAUGUAGCUAUAUCAGCCAAAAUAGCCUCUUAAGAGGUGGAUUUUGGGAGAUGGACCAAUUUUCCUCAUUUUGUUUCAGAUGUGAAACUGGAACUGAAAAUUGGGUGCAGUGCAACGACUCCCCCAUUAAGAUCUGUAAAUACCCUGUGCCUGGCCUGUUCGAGGGCCACUCCUACUAUUUCCGUGUGCGGGCGAUAAACUCACAAGGCAUCAGCAAGCCCUCCAGAAUCUCUGACCCUAUCGCCGCCCUGGACCCCACUGAAUUUGAAAGACUCCACGGUAAUGUGAUGGAUGACAUCUUAAACUUUACCUUGUGAGGUCAUGUGUUCUCUAGAAUCAAAUAACUUUCUGUUUUUAUCUUUGUUUUGACAGCCGUCAUGUUGGGUGGAAAACUUGACGUUGUAACUUACCACGAUGACGUUGAAGGUACUAAAUGGUUUUCUAUGAUGUAUGAGGGUCUUGAAUCUGGAUCAACUAGUUUGAUACAAAAAUCUUUGAUAUUCUUCUAAGAAGGCAUGAUAUUAUUAUUAUUAUUAUUAUUAUUAUUAUUAUUAUUAUUACUUUUCUAGGCUUAUUUCUGUAUACCUCAUCAGAGUCAGUAGACACUGAAAGGAGGGUAAACUCCUCCUUUAGAUUAUUGCCAUAUCAUUAGCCCUCACAUUGUACCAUGCCUUCCAUCUGUCACAUUUCACAUGAGUCAUUUAGCAGACACUCCUAUCCAGAGCGACAUACAAGAGCAAUUAGGGUUAAGUGCCUUGCUCAAGAGCACGUUGACACAUUAUUUUACCCAGUCGGCUCAGAGAUUUGAACCAGCAACCUCUUGGUUACUGGCCCAAUGCUCUUAACCACUAGGCUACUAAUCAGCAGCUCUCGGUCUCAAUAAUUAGCAAUAAUUAUAAUGGAAUUAUUUAAUUUUUCUCGGGGGGGACUGUGGGGGACUGUGGGAGUUCUCGAAUGGUUGAGGGGCAGCUCUUGGGGAACUGUGGGUGGAUCUUGGAGGGCUGGUGGCCUGGCGGUUGGGAACUUGGGCCGGUGGCUGAUGGGUCACUGGUUCGGUCCCCGUUUUUGACCUUAUGGGAGAUCUGUCGAUGUGCCCUUGAGCGGGUUGUUGACCCUGGUUACUUCUGUGUGUCGCUCUGGAUGGGAGUCUGUUAGAUGACUAAUGUGAUGUAGAUGUUGAGCUGCUUCACUGCAAGUAGAUUGUAUGUUUUAAAUAUUCAUAUUCAAUAAUAAAUAAAUAUAUAUAAUAAAAAAUAUAAAUAUAUAAAAUUUCAUCUAUACUAGCAACAGAUAUAUGUGCAUAGACAUGCUAGAUAUAACAACCUUUGUUAUUGUCACAAUAGAUUUAUUUGUCAUCUCGGGUGAAUGCUCCCACUUGGGCAAAAAACAGUAAUUCUCUGUGAUAUCUUGUGUCCAUAGAUGGGAAGAAGGUGCCAGGAACCCCCUCCAAGUUGCGUGCUUCAGAGACUGACCGAACAUAUGUUGUCCUCAGCUGGAAACCUGCCCCUUAUCACGGCCGGGCCCCAGUGUGGUAUUAUAUUGAGAAGGUUGGUCUCUCUCUGCUCUCCCACGUUUCUUUUUUAUCCAAACUUUGCAGCAAUGGAAUAGAGACACAUUUCAACGUGGAAUCGCUAGAUUUGUGUCCUCUUUCUGGGAUCCCACUUCUAUAGCAUAAUCAAGGGCAAUUACAAUAAGGGUCAUCAUUCAAAUCGAAUGAAUGGCUGAAGUCAGCGGAAUGAAUUGAGGCUGUAUCUUUCUCUCCAUUACGUGUGACUGUAUCUGUGGAUGUUGUUACUGGGUGUAAAGGUUGUCUUUGGGGCUCUUCCCUCACAGUCCUUGGCCGAGAGCUGUGCGUGGCAGAGGGUGAACACUCAGGUGCCUGUGAGAUCUCCUCGCUAUGCCGUGUUUGAUUUGGCUGAGGGAAAACAGUACUUGUUCCGCGUGCUGGCUGCAAACAUGUACGGCACCAGUGAAGCCUCCGAGCCCACAGAGCCCAUUCAGACUCAAGAGCUGCGCGGUAAGAAGGUCCUCUUCAGUGGCUUUAUAGCGUCUCUUAGAGUCCUCCACAAGGUUGUUCUCAGGGAUUUUCUCUAAAAGUUGAACUCCCUGCAAAGCAUAGCAAUAGUCAAGGGUAGAAUUUGAAAAAAGUAACUCUGGAAAAAUGUCAAAAAGUCAUUCGAGCCCAUAUUAUAGAUUUUGCACCAAAGAAAAUAGUCCUUCAAUUAAAGUAAGUUAUAGAUAGUUGACCUUUUGCCUUAGACAUUAACCAUGCCUUAUUCAUCUACUGUAGGGGUCCCCUCCGCUCCUGGUCAGGUGGUUGCCACAAGGGAGACUGACACGUCUCUUGUUAUCCAAUGGGCUGAACCCAAGGAGCCUAAUAACCUUAUUGGAUAUUACAUUGAUGUGUGUGUAAAAGGCUCCAAGAACUGGGCUUCAGCUAACCACAAGCCUCACAAGAACAACAAGUAUGUAUUCAGUCAUGUACUUAUUAUUUAAAGUGUGAUUUCAUUCAUCAUAAUGUGUUGAGAUUUUGCUUCAUCUGCUAUUUUUGAUUAGGUUUGUGGUUCAAGGUUUGACCACUGGUGAGACGUAUGUUUUCCGUGUGCAAGCCAUCAAUGAGCUGGGUCUUAGUGAUGAAUCACAGGAAUCCUCACCCCUCUCUGUCAAAGCUGCCCUCAGUGAGUAUGCACACGCAUGCACGCACGCACGCACAUGCACACACACACACACACGCACACACACACACACACACACACACACACACACACACACACACACACACACACACACACACACACACACACACACACACAGCAGACAGAAUAUACUUGUCAUUAGUCGAGAUUCCAACCAGGCGGAAAAAGUGUUGCGUUCAAUCUGGCAGUAGCAACAGUAACAAAGAAGAAAAUUGCAAAUACCAAAUUUUAGCGACCCACUGUGCUUAGCUGGAGGCUCUUUUCUCUGUGAAUGAUCACAGUGAAUAAAUUGUAGCGAUGUUGUCAAGACUUUCUUCAAGACUGUUGGUAGCUCUCCAGAAGUAUGACACACAAAGACAUCUAAGUCUGCCGAAUAUCUAAUGAUUAGAUCAUCACAAGCAUUGUAUCAUAAAAUCAAUGUCUCCAAUAAAUGAAGAGGACUGUUAUUCUUCCAAUUCACACGUUUCAGCAGGACAGCCUGGGAGCCUAUUGGAUUUAGCCUAUCGUCGUGUACUUUUCUCUUUGUCCAAAUGAUGUGAAUAAUUUAGGUAGUAUGAGUCAAAAACAAACCAUUGGUUCGUAGAGUUCCUUUGGGACAUUCAACCAACAACUGCAGGUUGUUUCAUCAAAGCAUACAUUUUUAUACUCAUUGACGAUACUCCAAGCUAUGUGGAUUGCAGUGUUUUGUAACAACAAUGAUCAUAUUUACAUUUAGCAGACGCUCUUAUCCAGAGCGACUUACAGGAGCAAUUAGGGUUAAGUGCCUUGCUCAAGGGCACAUCGGCAGAUUUCUCACCUAGUUGGCUCUGGGAUUCGAAUCAGCGACUUUUCGGUUACUGGCCAAGCGCGCUUAACCACUAGGCUACCUGCUAGUUGGCGCCAUCAUGCACUAAAAUUAAUGUAUUAUUCAUGCUACCGAAAGCCUUCACAACCAUAACCCCAAAUGGGUUCUGCAGCUGUCCCCAUAGGAGAACCCUUUUUGGUUCCAGGUAGAACCCUUUUUAGUUCCAGGUAGAACUCUUUUGGGUUCCAUGUAGAACCCUCUGUGGAAAGGGUUCCACAUGGAACCCAAAAGGGUUCUACCUGGAACCAAAAGGGGUUCUUCAAAGGGUUCUUCUAUGGGGACAACCGUAGAACCCUUUUUGUUUCCAGAUAGCACCUUUUUUUCUAAUAGUGUAGAGAACCCUGCUAUAUAUCCAAUCUAGGUCAUGUGACAUGAUUAACCAAAAAAUGGCCCUAAUCAUAAUACAUGUUUAAGACACUUGUAAACUCUGUUUGCAGCAACCCCCUCUGCUCCGUAUGACAUUGCUCUGCUGGCCUGUGAUGGAGAGUCCAUGGUUCUGAACUGGAAGCUCCCAGUCCACUCCGGUGGCUCUCCAGUGACUGAAUACUACAUCGACAAACAUAGGCACGGAGAACACACAUGGAGAGAGGUCAACAUCCCACCAAUCAAAGAGCGGCUGUUCAAGGUACAAAUCUGAUUGACCUUAGUCAUGUAAACACAUCUGUUAUGUUUAGGAUCAUACACUCUUAGCAAAAAAGGUGCUAUCUAGGACCUAAAAGGGUUCUUUGGCUGUCCCCAUAGGAGAACUCUUUGAAGAACCCUUUUUGGUUCCAGGCCCUUUUGGGUUCAAUGUAGAACCCUUUCCACAGAGGGUUCUAACUGGAACAAAAAAAGGUUUUACCUGGAACCAAAAAGUGUUCUCCUAAUGGGGACAUCCGAAGAACCCUUUUUUUUUUUAAGUGUAGGAUCAUAUGGAAUCUGUUAUGCAGUUCAAUUAGUUGUAACUGUUUUAGUACUUUGCUGCACAACUACAGGUUGAACAUCUGAGUGCAGGUGCAGUCUAUGAGUUCAUGGUUUAUGGUGGAAGUCUUGCUGGUCUUGGUGCCCCCUCUGCCCCCAGCAAGGCCUUCCAUUGUGAUGCCUGGACCAUACCCGAGCCAGGUACAGUACUGAAAACCUCUCUGAAACAAGUUGCUAUUUUAAAGAUCAAGUGUGUAUAGUUCAAAGAAGUGAAGAUAAUUUUACAUGCAAAUACUGUUGCAUAAUUAAGCCGUUAAUGCAUAUCUCAUAAUUUUUAUGAAUUAUGGAAGAGGUGUAUUCAAGCAGAAGCUUAUCGACGGUGCCACUUCCAACAUCAAUCGUUAAAAUAGCAGCACAUAGACAUUACACAGUCUGACGUCUGUGCUCGGAGUUACGUCUGACAUAAAGAACUGCUUGUCUGUCAUUUAUUUUACAUUUACUGCACUCUGAACUUCAGGUCCAGCCUAUGACAUGACCUUCUGCGAGAUCCGCGAUGACUCUGUGGUGGCGGAGUGGAAGGCUCCCGUCUACACCGGCACCAGCCCGAUCACAGGCUACUUUGUUGACUUUGCAAAGAAAGGCUCAGACGAAUGGCACUGUUCCAACGAGAGCCAUGCUGUCAGUCACCGCUACCACAAGGUAGAGAGUAUUCUUAGAAUAGCUGAGUUAUGACAAUGUUUUAGCCUGUCUGGCACAUUUUACAGUCCUACUCGUUUUCAGGUGACUGGGCUGGAAGCCGGAGUGUCCUAUGUGUUCAGAGUGCGCGCGGCGAACGCUGAAGGUGCCGGCAAGCCUUCCUUGGCUUCUAACCCUGUGGUUGCCAAAGCAGUGGAAGGUACUGUUGGACAGACACAAUUCCCGACACUGCUCUUCAAUGUGGCUUAGAGUAGAGCAGCAUUCGUUCAGUGUGUUCCACAGAGAAUGUUUAUUUGGGUCAGGAUUCCCAUUAAAAUGGGAGAGAUUAGGAGAGCAAUACUACAGGGUGUGUAGUGCACUAGACAGGGUUAUGAGGAAGGGUUUAGGGAGGGGUAGUCUGUGCUUCUGUCGAUAAGGAACAUUGGGAGGACGUGGGAGUAGAGACAAAUAAAUGACUCAUGUGGAGCGCUGUAAAGUUGUUGGAAUGAGAAGGUGCAGAUCAUCAGGCGACCUGCAGAGGGCAGUGUUGUAUUCUGCAGGGACCUCAGCGACUCAAGCACAAGGCUGGGUGAGAUCAAGGGAAAAGUCAUUCUCACAAUUCUCUAGAUAUUCAUUCUGCAUAGGCUGCAGAACAUAAAUGCAGAAAUACUCUGUGAACAUAUAAUGAACCUACUACUCUACUAUGACUGUACCAAAACACAAAUCUCUAGGAUACUGUACUACCCUACGAUGACUGUCGCAAAACACCAAACCUCUAGGAUAUUGUACUACCUACCCUACUAUGACUGUAGCAAAACACCAGUCUCUAGGAUAUUGUACUUGCACUCCCAGAUGUUUAUUGCUGUUGCCUGUCAACUUCACUCUUUGCUUUGUCACUCCAAAAGGUGCCCAAGAGAUUACCUGCACAGUGGAUGAGGAGUCAGGUGACAUCAUCCUGUCAUUUGAAAGUUGUCAAAUUACUGAGAGCUCCCACUUUGUGUGGAAGAAAUUCUAUAAGGAAAUCACUGACUUCUCCAAAGGCAUUGUCAUCAAAACAGAGGGCAGCACGUAAGCUAUUCACAAAAUAUAUUUUAACAAAACAAAACGUUCAAGAAUUCUCAGUAGUGAUUCAGAAAUACGUAAUAUACUCACAUUGAUGUGCUCAAUAUCUCCUGGACUCUAUAUUAUCCAAUGGUGCGUCUUUAUUUAUUUCUAGCUCCAAGCUUAUUUUCAAACACCCAGACCAGGGGGAUGUGGGCUGUUUCUCCGUUGCUGUAACUAACACUGAUGGUGUUUCUGCCAGCCAUGAAAUCCAUGCUGAAGGUAGGCCCUGGCUGGGGGGUAGAUCGUAAACAGGAGGUUACUUAUUUAUAACCCUCAUUCUGGAUCAUGGUAUAAAAUACAUUUUGGCAAUACAUGUAUGCAUACUGCACUAGUACAUCUAAAUCAACACAACAGCAUGUCAUUAUACGGCAGAUGUUGGAGUCAGAAACAAUAGUGGCGCCUUUCACAGUUAUUCAUAAAUAUGAUAUGAUGUCGUGAGACAGUACAUCCAUGUCUGGUCUUGUGCAGUGCAGACAGCUGUUACCGUUGAAGUGUAUGAUGAAGUUUCAUGUAAAAAGGAAUUGCUGUGGAGGAUAUUGGCUCAUUGGAAUACUGAAAUGUGUUCUCCCUUGUUUACCUCUAUUACAGAGCUGGAGAAAAUGCUGGCAAAGAGCUAUGGUAUCAGACACCCAGGUAGGUUUUGUUCUGAAUGAUUUAAGAUGGCUUUUCUAUUUUCAAAGAGAAAGGAGUGUCCGCAACUCUGGUAUGCUCCCAUGGUGAUUUAAUCAGACGCACAAAAAAAAGCCACGUUUCGAUCCGAGUUGGAUCUUCGUCAGGUCGUUUUUUAUUUUCACUCGCAUUCAUUUUUGGUCCCCAUCAAAUAGUAUUUUGGAAUACACAGCUCAGGAUAAAAGGUCCAUUUUCUUUGUUUUGUUUGGCUUGAAUAAUGGGUAUAUACUGUAGGGGCGUGUGUGCUGUUACAGACUGGUGAUGAGGUAAAUUCUAUGUAAACCACAUAGAGGAGACAACUGUUCAUCCCAGAAAAUGGUCAGCCCUUGCUCCAUCAACUUUUUAGCAUGUGGUUGUCACGCCCUGACCUGAGAGAUCCCUUUUAUUCUCUAUUUGGUUAGGUCAGGGUGUGAUUUGGGUGGGAAUUCUAGGUUUUCUAUUUCUUUGUUGGCCAGGUAUGGUUCCCAAUCAGAGGCAGCUGUCUAUCUUUGUCUCUGAUUGGGGAUCAUACUUAGGCAGCCUUUUUCCCACCUUAGUUUGUGGGAUCUUGUUUUUGUGUAGUGGCUUCGUAGCCUGCAGAACUUUACGUUCGUGUGUAUUUUGUUGUUUGGUCUGUGUUCAGUUAAUAAAUUAAUAUGUUCGCCUACCACGCUGCACCUUGGUCCGAGCCGCCAAUCAACGAGCAUGACAGAAGAUCUCACCACAAACGGACCAAGCAGCGUGGCCAGGAGGAGCAGACAUCGUGGACAUGGGAGGAGAUCUUGGACGGAAAGGGAUCCUGGACGUGGGAAGAGAUCCGGGCAGGUAUGGAUCGCCUUCCAUGGGAGCAAAUGGAGGCAGCGAGGGAGGAUCAAGGGCGACUCCGAAGGUCACGACCACGACGGAAGCCCGAGAGGCAGCCCCAAAAAAUUUACGGGGUGGUUGGCGGAGCCAGGUUUCAGACAAGAUCUAACUCCCCGCACUCGCUUUAAGGAGCGUGGGACCGUUCAGGCACCCUGUUAUGCGGUGAUACGCACUGUGUCUCCAGUGCGCAUUCACAGCCCGGUGCGCUUGGGGCCAGCUCCUCGCACUUGCCGUGCGAAAGUGAGCAGCCAGGAAAGGUUACGCCGGCUCAGCGCUCCUGGUCUCCAGUACGCCUCCUCGGUCCAGUAUAUCCUGCGCCGGUCCUACGCACUGUGUCGCCAGUGCGCCUUCACAGCCCAGUGCGUCCUGUGCCCGCGCCCCGCACUUGCCGGGCUAAAGUGAGCAUCCAGCCAGGGCGUAUUGUGCCAGCUCUAUGCUCCAGACCUCCAGUGCGCCUCCACGGCCCAGUAUAUCCUGCGCCGGCUCUACGCACAGCCCAGUGCGUCCUGUGCCAGUGCCCCGCACUUGCCGGGCUCCAGUGAUGAUCCAUGGCCCAAAGCCUCCAGUGAUGAUCCAUGGCCCGAAGCCUCCAGUGAUGAUCCAUGGUACGAAGCCUCCAGUGAUGAUCCAUGGCCCGAAGCCUCCAGUGAAGGUCCAUGGCCCGGAGCCUCCUGCGACGACCCACGGUCCGUAGUCUCCGGCGACGACCCACGGUCCGUAGUCUCCGGCAACGACCUAUGGUCCGGUUCCUCCGGCGACGACCCACGGUCCGGUUCCUCCGGCGACGACCCACGGCCCGGAGCUUCCAGCGACGACCGACGGUCCGGAGCUUCCGGCGACGAUACACAGUGCGGUUCCUCCGGCGACGAUCCACGGUCCGGAGCUUCCGGCGACGAUCCCCGCACCAGAGUCGCCACCGAAGAUGGCGGAUCCGCGAGCGGAGCGGGGUCUACGUCCCACACUGGAGCCGCCACCGAGGCUAGAUGCCCACCCGGACCCUCCCCUAAUGAGUCAGGUUUUGCGGCCGGAGUCCGCACCUUUGGGGGGGUACAGUCACGCCCUGACCUGAGAGAUCCCUUUUAUUCUCUAUUUGGUUAGGUCAGGGUGUGAUUUGGGUGGGAAUUCUAGGUUUUCUAUUUCUUUGUUGGCCAGGUAUGGUUCCCAAUCAGAGGCAGCUGUCUAUCGUUGUCUCUGAUUGGGGAUCAUACUUAGGCAGCCUUUUUCCCACCUUAGUUUGUGGGAUCUUGUUUUUGUGUAGUGGCUUCGUAGCCUGCAGAACUUUACGUUCGUGUGUAUUUUGUUGUUUGGUCUGUGUUCAGUUAAUAAAUUAAUAUCUUCACCUACCACGCUGCACCUUGGUCCGAGCCGUCAAUCAACGAGCGUGACAGUGGUUCAUCACAGCCUAUUCUUAUGUUUUGAGAAGGGAAAUGUCUUCCUUUGAACAAAUGUAAUUUCUAUCACAAAACCUGCCUCUAUUUGCAUCACCAUGUUCCUCCGUUUGUUCUGCUUCCACAGUGAUUCCUCUAAAGACUCAGCUGGCCUACAAGAUUCUGGAGCGCGGUCGCAUGCGCUUCUGGCUGCAGGCUGAGCACAUCUCCUCUGCUGUCACCUAUAAGUUCUUAGCUAACAACAAUGAACUCUCACCGACUAGCGUAAGACUCACCUCCUCAUUCCUGUCAACACUAAACCGACACAUUGCCUUUGUCCCAAAUGGCACCCUAUUUCUGCAUAGGGCACUUUUGACCCCCAUUCUUUAUUUAGUGCACUUCUUUAGACACCUUUUUGGCAUACAGUGCACAACUCCUGGCUAGAGCCCUUGGAUGCUGACCCUAUGGGCGUCUGGUCAAAAGUAGUGCAUUAUACAGGAAAUAGUGUGUCGUUUCGGACACAACAUUGUAAUUGAACUCACAAUGGACUUGCUCAGACAACUUGUUUUCUCUUUGUACCAGACAUUCUGCUCUAUCGUCACUAUGUCAUGGCAUGAAUAGACUUUUAAGCCAAGACUACACUGGAUUACACAACAUAACCACAUUAUUGGAUUUGCCCAUUACGAUUCCUCAACAUUCACUCAAUAGAGUCCUCUGCUGUAAACUUUCUUGGUGUGUUCUUCUUUGUGUUCUCAGCCAAAUCAUGCGAGUCACGACGUGGAGGCUGGCAUCAUUGAGUUUGUGCUGGAUCAUUUCACAGAGGAUAGUGAGGGCACUUUUACUGUUCAGAUUGAGGAUGGCAAAGCCAGAGGACAGUCCUCUCUGGUGCUAAUCGGAGCUGGUGAGAGCCUGUCUGCUGUGGGGGUUGUACUCUAAUCCAGGGUAGGGCUCCGUGAGGGAUCCAGGAUUUAUCCCCUGUAUCACUUUGUUUGGGUUCUAGAUUUCAAGGCAGCUCUCGCAGACGCAGAACACCAAAGGAGCGAGUACAUCAGAGUGAAAGAAGGUAACAGUGUUUCAAAAUAUGCAGUCCUCUAGUGUUUGGGAAAUUAAUUCAAGUAAUAUUUAAAUGAAGUAUGAAUUUCAAACAGCCAAUACACUAAGAUUAUGAUUUUAUAUCAUAAUGAUUUAUUCCUUCAAAAUGGUUCACAUUAUUUAUGGCAACCACACACUGUUAUCACACCUGCAAAUCCAUAAACCACUCAUUGUUACAAGGAUAUUAUUAAUAUUACAAGGAUACAAGGGUGUUAUUAGCAAAACAAUUUAUGAAAUCUGACCUUCAUAUGACCCCUCUCCCCCCUCCCUCCCUCUAUCCCCCUGCCCCUCUCUCUCUCUCUCUCUCUCUCUCUCUCCGACCUUCAUGACCCCUCUCCCCCCUCCCUCCCUCUAUCCCCCCCGCCCCCCUCUCUCUCACCCUCCUGCUUUCUGUCUCUCUCUUGCCCUCUUUCCAGGCCCCUACUUCAGUGAGUUUCUGUCAGUCCAUGUCGGGGAUGACUGCUCUGUGGCGCUCGUCUGCAAGGUAAUUAAACAUUCACCUAAAGCUCAAUUAGAUUAAUCCAAGAGAUUAAAUGAAAAUGAUGGCUACUGCCAAUUGAAAUGACAGACACAGUCAGCAUGAAUCAUCUCAGUUGUUGUUCCCCUGCGUUGACAGAUGUUGUUGUAGUGCAGGCAUGCCUCUUUGUUUGGGCUGGUCCACCUACCCCGUGGGCUAUGGGUUCUGUUGUUUCAUAAUGCAGGUGGAUAAUCUGAAGAAGGAAACUGCGCUGCACUGGUUCAAGGAUAACGUUGAGAUUACCCCUGAAGGGCCAGUCAGUCUGGCAUCUGGAGCCAAAGACUCAGGGAGCAAGCUUCCUAUAUCCCUGGUAAUUUUAUCACACAGACACAUACAUUCUAAAGAUUGAACAAACCACAGGUAACUGCCAAAAUAAAGGAAACAUCAACAUAAAGUGUUUUAACAGGGCAUUGGGCUCUCACGAGCCACCAGAGCUGCCAGAACAGCUCCAAUGCGCCUUGGCAUAGGUUCUACAAGUGUCUGGAACUCUAUUGGAGGGAUGCGACACCAUUCUUCCAUGAAAAAUGUCAUAAUUUGGUGUUUUGUUCAUGGUGGUGGAAAACACUGUCUCAGGCGCCGCUCCAGAAUCUCCCAUAAGUGUUCAAUUGCGUUAAGAUGUGUUGACUGACACACACACACACACUUUAAACCCCCUAUUCUCCUUUGAGACCCCUCUUUCAAAGUCACUGAUAUCGCUUCUUCUAUCUAUGGGAGCCAAAAUAAUAAUAAUUUUAUACAUGACCCUAAUAGCUGAUGUAUGCUUGAUCUGGCGGUGCUGUCCGGAGGCUCCGUAUGGAGGGUGUGAUGCAAUUGUGGAGCCUCCGGAGGCUUGCGGAGGCCAAAUCGAGCUCCCUCCCAUUUUUUUGUAACAAUGCGGAGGGCUCUGCAUUGACAUGAUUGGUUGAUAGUAGGUGGGGGCGGGAGGUCUCACUUCCUUCACAACAGCUCUGCUCUGCGAAGCGCAAGAAGUAUGAAUGCCCUGACUUAAGGGUAAGUGCUGUACAGACACUGCAGAAGUCAGAUUGACCAUGCAGAGCUUUUAAGCAUGAUGCAAUUUUUUUUAAUUGCUUAAUUAACUCAGGAACCACACCUGUGUGAAGCACCUGCUUUCAAUAUACUUUGUAUCCCUCAUUUACUCAAGUGUUUCCAUUAUUUUGGCAGUUACCUGUACAUAUAAUAGCAGGUGUUACUGUAUGUGGACAAUAGGCAGAAACACAAUGAAAUUUCUUAGAAACUCAGUAAUUUUGAUAGUCUACAGUAAAAGGACCUUGCAGUCUGAUUAGGCGCAUUCAUCCUAUGACUUCUAUUGCUGGAAAUCUCAAGGCAGUCAUUGAGAACAGAAUUGUUGUUGAGUACAAUUCUGAGCAGGCCUGUGACUUUCCAUAUCAUAAACAAACAUCUAGACACAGUCAGGCCAAGCAAGAGUUAGUCAGACUAAUACUAAUACUCUGUAUUACCCUUGUUUGUGUUGAAGUAGGGUAUUAUCCGCCUACACAGUCAUGCUGUCAGUUCCUAGGCUUUAUACCACAGGAGGUUGGUGGCACCUUAAUUGGGGAGGACGGGCUCGUGGUAAUGUUUGGAGCGGAAUGUGUUUGAUGCCAUUCCAUUCGCUCCGUUCCAGCCAUUAUUAUGAGCCGUCCUCCCCUCAGCAGCCUCCACUGGUUCACACAAUAGGACGACACAAACAGCCACCAAAACAUUUGGUAAUGUAAUGUACUGUGAUGUAAUGUAAGGGAAGUAAGAGGUGCAGUCAAGGCGAGUUUUGACUCGAGGUCCUAGGGGCACCAGUCAUGUAUAGGAAACAAGAGGAAUAACCCUGAGGGGAAGAAGACGAACGCCUCGAUCCUCAGUAAAACACUGCUGUCAUAGAAAGCAGUCACUUCCAAUGAUGUCAUUAUAAAUAUUCACACCCUGCAGUCGUACUCUGUCCUCACAAAGCUAUGAGAUGGAAGAGGUUACUCUGAUCCUGUGCUUGACAUACAGCCUGUUUGAUAUUGCUCAUCAAGUGGCCACAUGUAAGUGCCAGAAGUGCUGAGAAAUAUUAUAUGAAAUUGAGACAAUAGCUAGGUUUGCAUCCAAUUGGCGAUAGAUUUUCUUGCGAAUAUUCAGAAAUCUGCGUCAAGGUGUGUUUCCACCAAACUGACUUGUUGCAGAUAAAAAUCAGUGUGUGAUGACGUAGUGCACAGAAAAUAAUUGUUUUGUUUUUAUGUACCAAAUAAAAAUCUGAAGUCAAUGUAUUUCCAUCGCAUUUUCAACUCUAGCGAUAUUUCUGUCACAACAAAUGUUGCGUUAAAUAGCAAAUGUGCUAGCCUACUCUGGUCUUGGCAAGUGCACACUAGCCAACAGCUCGCAGAUACAGUGCGGGUACACUGUGCGGAAGGCUAGUCAACAUGAUGAGAUUAUUAUGGACAAGAGCGAGAAUAUUUUUUAUUUAUCAAACGGCAGUCAAGCAUCAAUCCUCAUGUCACCAGAAUAAGACCCUUGGUAUUUAUUGGAAAGGAGCAUCAAGCUCAUCACCUUGCACUUUCAUCACCCUGUGAAGUUCAUCAUAAUUUAUUUCAUCUGUAGCCUAAUAAACUGCAUGCUUUCCCCAGUCGUAGUUGGAGGAGUGGAGGACUACACACGCGCGAUGAUACUUCGAUAUGAUGGUUAUUAUAUCAAUAUUUGCCUCAUAAAGGCACUUCCACUGCCAUUUCUCGCAUAAUACAUUUUACCAACACAAAAAGAUCUCACCAUGUCGAACUAACAAAUUAUCUGUCGGCAUUUAUAAAAUUGUACUGAAACUUCCUGUUUCCAUCACAGCUGUUUUUCUUUUAAUACGGUAUGCCUAUACUCACAUAUAAAAACUGUGGACGGAAAUGUGGUUAGAUAUACUGCACGAACCGGAACUUACUAAGGCAAAACAAUUCCAUCUCAAUGUAAUGAAGUUAAUUAAGCUUACGUGGUCAGUGCUACAGUUACAGAGGGUAGUAUCUACUGCAUUUGUAAUUUGAUCCCUGAAAUUGUGUUUUUUUUAAAAUCCAACCUAGUUCUCCAAGGCUUCCACUGGCAUUUACAAAGCUACCAUCAGUGACAACAGAGGAAAGGAUCAGUCCCAAAUUGAUAUAUCCGGCCAUGGUAAAUAUUAUUAUGAAAACUAUACCAUGUUGUAUGUGAAAUAUAUUGUCUUACUGUGAACAUACUUUGAAGGUAAUUUUGUUCUAUCAACAUCUCUUACAGCUUUUGAUGAAAUUAUCGACAAGCUUUCUAAACUUGCUGGUAGGUACUAAUAUCUUCAAGUUUAGCUUGCUUGAUUGCCACUUCCCUUUUGCAUACUUUAGCCUACCAUAACAUACUUUAGCAAUAUUUUUUGAACUAAUUUCAGUUUAUUCUACUCAUUAUUCAACCAUGGCAAUAAAUCCGUUGGAUUUGAUUGUUAGAUUACAGAUAAUUUGUUCCUCACACAGUUCUGUGGUUUUUCUCAGUACAGCUAAAUCAGUGCAGCAAAACUAAUGAGGAGGAUUACACAGCCAGUGGGCAUAUCAAGGGUCCCGUUACUCUACCCUCAUGAACUGGGCUGAAGUAACAAAUCUGUACCUGUCAUCCUAGCCUGAAGUCAUAUCCCAAUUACAGCAUUUGUUGUACUGAUUUCCGAUUCCCUGCACUGGCCAACCAAUUAGUAAACCACAGCAAAUCCCCAAGUUGUGUCUAUCUAAGAAGAUAUAUUAUUAAUUUAAGACAUAUAGAACAUAAAUGUCAGCAUAUGUACACUAAAGGACGUUUGGGUUUUCCUUUUCGCUCACCAGGAUCCUCUGCAGCUGAGUUGGCAAUUCACAGCACUGCAACAGGCAUUCAGCUCCAAUGCCACAUGAAAUACUAUACAGAAGAGAUGAAAAUCCAUUGGCUGCACGUGUAAGCAUAUGAACUUUUCUUUUAUUCAAUUAUGUAGAGAAUGCGAAAUUAUGGAAUUUUUUAUGGAAAUAGAAUCCACAGAAGGUUUAAUCCCAAAGCGUAACAUGAGCCAAGCAUGUAAACAUGAUUUGAGAUUUUCUCUAAAAUUGUGACUCUUCAGUAAAAAAUUUAAACAAGAGUGACACCACAGCCUUUCUUCACACACUAUCAAUACAAAACAAAUAUCAACUCUCCCUAAUGCUCUGUCCUAAGGAAAUAUUUAGUAGGCCUACCUAGCAGAACAGCUACAGGAUUAAAAGAAAACACUUGAGGGAAGUCAUCGGUUACAGCAGCUUGUGUAAGGCAAACCAGUUUCAGCUAAACCAUGCGGAUCUUCUAAUCCCUGUAUGAACAUUUUGGAGUAGCUGCUUCAGGUUUUUCUUUCUUCUGGCGUGCAUGUCAUAGACAAGGGGAGCAUGUUUCAAAGCAUGGCAACAAUUUCACACGCAAUGACUGAACAAAGCUCACCAUUUCCCAUGAUUCCUCACAAAUUUGAGCUUGGCAAAUUUCAGGUCCUCCCUGACUGCCAAGAGGGCCCUGGUACAUACAUAAGAUAAUGAUGAUGCUCAAAUGGUCCAGCAGCUGGUCCUUAUUUGAUAAACUACUAGAAAAUGACACUUAUUAUGAGAGAAAUCUGGAAAUUCAACCAUUUUCAUUAGAAUCAAUCACAAUUUCAUGUUAUGUUUUUAUGAUCAUGUUCUCCUAAUAAGCUCUUCACUGUGAAUUAGAGUUUAUACCAUUUUUCAUUGACUGCUCUUUAGGGGCCUACUCAAUCCAACACAAUGGAUACCUUCAGUAGCAAAACUUGGAUGAGUUUUUUUCAAUCCCAAAACAAUACUUAUUGUGCUCCAACGGUUCCUCCUCUUUCACCAUUUCAGGGACAGUAAACUCUCUCACUCUGAGAAGGUGCAUAUUGGAGGUACCCCUGCCAUGGCCAGUAUGGAGAUCCUUGAACCCACAGACAGGGAUAAGGGUCUUUACCACGUCCAUAUAAUAGAUACGGAGAAGACCUACACUCGCACCAUUGACCUUUCUGGACACGGUAAGUCAGAUUAAAUAGACAGUAUAUAUGCCGUUGUACUUUAAUAACCUACUUCUCCUUCUGUCUUGCAAAUAGCAUAACACAUGAACGCAGUGAUAUUAGCACAUUCAGCAUGUAUGAACCUCAAGGACAAUGCCAGGAUAAUGGUAACCUGGAAAUGAUACACCUGAUAAAUGGAGUUCGUAAUUUUGGAUAUUCACAUUCAUUCGUAUGCAUUGGAUUCCCAGCCCAGUCUUCAUUAGUAUGUUUACCUAACAUCUGAAUGUAGAAAAAGCAGAGGUUGUGCAGUACCAGUCAAAAGUUUGGACACAGCUACUCAUUUAAGGGUUUUUCUUAGUUUUUUUUACUAUUUUCUACAUUGUAGAAUAACAGUGAAGACAUCAAAACUAUGAAAUAACACAUAUGGAAUCAUGUAGUAACCAAAAAAGUGUUAAACAAAGUAGCCACCCUUUGCCUUGAUGACAGCUUUGCACACUCUUGGCAUUCUCUCAACCAGCUUCACCUGGAAUGCUUUUCCAACAGUCUUGAAGGAGUUCCCACAUAUGCUGAGCACUUGUUGGCUGCUUUUGUGGAGGCCAGGUCAUCUGAUGCAGCACUCCAUCACUCUCCUUCUUGGGUCAAAUAGCCCUUACACAGCCUGGAGGUGUGUUGGGUCAUUGUCCUGUUGAAAAACAAAUGAUAGUCCCACUAAGCCCAAACCAGAUGGGAUGGUGUAUCGCUACAGAAUGCUGUGGUAGCCAUGCUGGUUAAGUGUACCUUGAAUUCUAAAUAAAUAACAGACAGUCUCACCAGCAAAGCACCCCGACACAUCACACCUCCUCCUCCAUGCUUCACGGUGGGAACCACACAUGCAGAGAUAAUCCAUUCACCUACUCUGCGUCUCACAAAGACACGACGGUUGGAACCAAAAAUGUCAAAUUUGGACUCCUCAGAUCAAAGGACACAUUUCCACCGGUCUAAUGUCCAUUGCUCGUGUUUCAUCAUAGUGCUUGAUGUUUUUUGCGACUGCACUUGAAGAAACAUUCAAAGUUCUUGAAAUUUUCUGGAUUGACUGACCAUGUCUUAAGGUAAUGAUGGACUGUCGUUUAUCUUUGCUUAUUUGAGCUGUUCUUGCCAUAAUAUGGACUUGGUCUUUUACCAAAUAGUGCUUUCUUCUGUAUACCACCCCAACCUUGUCACAACACAACUGAUUGGCUCAAACGCAUUAAUUCCACAAAUUAACCUUUAACAAGGCACACCUGUUAAUUGAAAUGCAUUCCAGUUGACUACCUCAUGAAGCUGGUUGAGAGAAUGCCAAGAGUAUGCAACGCUGUCAUCAAGGCAAAGGGUGGCUACUUUGAAGAAUCUCAAAUAGAAAAUCUAUUUUGGUUAAAAGUAAAAAUAAAGAAAAACCUUGGAAUGAGUAGGUGUGUCCAAACUUUUGACUGGUAGUGUAUAUCAUUACCAUAGCUCAGGCUGUAUAUCAAUGAGGUGGAGCCUUCAGCUGGACCUCAGCAAUGAGAACACUGCACAUCUUUAUCAAAAUGACCAACUACUAAACACUGUUGUAGUUUUUAUCAUACCACCUCCAACUAUUGGCCACUCUACUGUUGUCCUGCCACAGACUUAGAAUAACCCAUGCAGUGUCCAGUUUAGAUGGUUGUUUUUCGGAUUUCUACAUUUAUAAUACAAAGAAAAGGGCAUCUUUGCAGCUGGGUACACAGAAGCAAGCAGCAUAUUUAGGCUAAUCCGGGGGAUGAAAUAACAGGAACAACAAUAUCAAAGGCGCAAUCCUGGCUCAGACUUCAGUUAGUCAACAGACUGUUUGAUGACAAACAUAAUCAAGGGCUGGUCCCUGACAGGUCAUGCGAUGUGUGGGCUGGAAACAGUAAUGAGUGAGCGAGGAUGAGCUAUUUCAGGCAAAACAGAACAACAUUACAAUAAUGAGGUACGAUAUGUCUCUGCUGCACUGCUGCUAUGUCUCCAAGACAAGUAGCAGUAAGAACGGCAACAAAAAGAAAGAAAGAAGGUUACUCCUUCUACACUUCAACAUUGGUUUUGUAUGGUGUAACAUUCAUUAUAAACUGGGUGGUUCGAGCCCUGAAUGCUGAUUGGCUGACAGCCGUAGUAUAUCAGACCGUAUACCAAGGGUACGACCCAAACAAUAUUUUAACUGCUCUAAUUACGUUGGUAACCAGUUUAUAAUAGCAAUAAGGAACCUCGGGGGGUUUGUGAUAUAUAGCCAAUAUACCACAGCUAAGGGCUGUGUCCAGGCACUCCACGUUGCGUCGUGCGAAAAUAGCUAUAAUAAAUAAUAAUAACCAAUCUUUUCUUUCUCUUCUACAGCCUACGAUAAAGCCUUUGCAGAAUUCACAACUCUAAAGUAAGAUUAUCACGUCAUAAUUCAGUUCAGUAUAUACAUUUCCGUGUUAUUUCAUGCACAUGUAUGCAGUGCAUUAAUACUAUAUGCAUUUCAUGUUCUUACAGCUAAAACACAGCUUGAAUUCCUACAUAGUAUUGUGGCAAUGCAGAGCAUGUGUAUGGAGUCACAGUCUUGGGAUGAACUAUACCAAGCCUCACUGUGCUAAUGAACUCACUAACAAUGCAAUUUUUCUCGUUUUCCAGAGAGGAAGCAUAUGCUGAAGCCAGUGAGUAUAUUCUCUUGUCAUAAUGGCUCUGUCAUAAUGGCUCUGAUCGUGGCUCUGUGGGAAUUUUUCUUAUUCUGGCAAUAUUGUGAUUAUAUGAUAUCUUCAUUUUUAGACCGUGGCAAAGUGCUGGGCGGUCUCCCUGAUGUUGUUACCAUCAUGGAGAAGAAGGUAAUGUAUGUUUUAUUUUGCAAUUGAAUACCAUGAUGGGAAUAUAUUUAACACUGGAACAGGUGACCAGACAUGGUUUAACACAUUGCGAAGGUCAGUGUCAAAUAUCAUAACCAGGUGGAUGCAGCUUAUGUCCACUGUAGCCUACUGUUGCGUAAUACACAGCACCAGUAGUGGGAAAAGUACCCAAUUUCCAUACUUGAGUAAAAGUAAAGAUACCUUAGAAGAAAAUGUCUCAAGUAAAAGUGAAAGCCACUCAGUAAAAUACUACUUGAGUAAAAGUCAAACAUUAUUUGGUUUUAAAUAAGCUUAAGUAUCAACAGUAAAUGUAAUUGCUAAAAUAUACUUAAGUAUCAAAAGUAAAAGUAUUUCAAAAUCCUUAUAUUAAGCAAACCAGACGGCACCAUUUUCUUGUUUUUUUAAUUUACAGAUAGCCAGGGGCACACUCCAACACUCAGACAUCAUUUACAAACGAAGCAUGUGUUUAGUGAGUCCACCAGAUCAGAGGCAGUAGGGAUGACCAGGGAUGUUCUCUUGAUAAGUGCGUGAAUUGGAUCAUCUUCCUGUCCUGCUAAGCAUUCAAAAUGUAACAAGUACUUUUGGGUGUCAGAGAAAAUGUAUGGAGUUCUUUAGGAAUGUAGUGAAGUAAAAGUUGUCAAAAAUAUAACUAAAGUACAGAUACCCAAUACAACUACUUAAGUAGUACUCUAAAGUAUUUUUACUUAAGUACUUUACAGCACUGCACAGCACUGAAGAAUCACCCUUAGGGGGAAGAUUGUGGAGAUAUAUUGCAUUUCACAGCACCUCAUGUCUGGUUUCAUACAGCAUAUGAUAUAUAGUGGGAAAAACAUAAACUGGGGUCCUUAUGAAACACAUGCAGAGUGAUGUACAGUAUGUGCUAGCAAUAUUCUGUAGACAUGUUAUAGAGGUAUAUGGUUUGCAUAAUGGCAGAAUAGGGCUACUUGUAAAGGUCACUGUAACCGCACCUCUCUCCAAAGUGACUACACACGCUUGUUUGUAGUGUGAUUGGUUAUUUUACCUUGGGGCUGCAAGAGGGGAAAGACUAGGGAUUUAACAAGACACGAUAAGCAUAGUAACCACUGAUUAAAUCAAAAAACAGCACUCCAACAUUCCAUCGUCUUCUGUUAUAUCUGUCCUGGUAACCACAGUCUUUCCAUUCCUUCAAUUCCUUUGCCCUGCUUGGUAGACCCUGAGUUUGACCUGCACAGUGUGCGGUGACCCCAAACCUCAAGUCACCUGGUUAAAAAAUGGUGUGGAGGUGUAUCCCGAUGGCCAGUACUUGGUGUCCCUUGAGUCCGGGAGGUUCGCCAGUCUCACCAUCAAGGGUGUGUCCCUGGAAGACUGUGGCAGGUACUCUAUGACGGUGCAGAACAAAUAUGGAGGAGAGUCUGUGGAUAUCGUUGUGAGCGUCUACAAGCAUGGAGACACGAUUCCACAGGCCAAACCAACGCUAACGCCCAAGUCCGUCAUCCCACCUAAACGCCCUAUUGAGAUCCCAGGUCCCAAGGUUGUCACGCCUGCCCCUUCCCCAGCCCCUUCCCAUGUCUCUUCUCCAGCCGGUGCCAAGUCCCCCACCCCUCCUAGGGGACUGAAGACUCCCACCCCAGCUCGUAGCAUGAAGUCCCCUACCCCAUCAAAGAGAAAGUAAACAACCGAAGCAUUUCAAUUCCAAAGAGAGACAAGACAAUAAAAAGUGAUUGAUCUGUUAGCAUGAGUCAUGAAAUAUAACUUUAUUGAAAGCUCGAAUCCUUUAUUGAAACAUUAACAAAGCCCCAACCGCCUCUGUUUUGGUAAAAAGCUGUGGGAUGGGCCUGGAGAAAUGUAACCUCUCUCAAAUUCAUAGACAGAGCUAUGGAUGCAAUUCAUAGUUUUAACUGUGUUCUGAGGUUAUACAGUGUGUGUUUACAUUGCUUAUGAACAUUGGAGUAAAACAAGCUUAUAUUUUGGGUUCUGAGAGGGUAUGACAGGUAGACUAAUCUCAUGAGGCAUUUAUAAGUUAUUUCCUUGAGAGUCAGGUAUAUAUCAUUAAUUUACAAGUCCAAAAAUGGAUGUAGCAACUAAGGAUUCCAGCUUUAAGAUUAGAUAUGUCAUUUUUCACUGAGGGGGGGUUUACUAAGCUGAAUGUGCCUUCUAAUGAACUUGGCUCUGUCUCCCUUCGGGCGCUUUGGUGAAAAUUGACCAGCUUUGAUGUUUAGUUUAUUACAUCUCUGUUUUAAAAGCUGCACUUUCAAUUAACUGGUGGACUGUUGAGGUAUUGGCUCUCCUUACGGAUGGAUAACCCCAAAGUGCUGGACCUCCACUUAGCCUACAGCGGCAGGCGCAGCGAUUCUAGUCACUGUCCUCAAUAAAUCACGUUACCCUCCUCGCCGCCAAAUGUCUCCGUCUGCUUUUGUGCUAAUAAAAAAGAGCAAAAAUCACUUCCCA